AUGGCGCGUCCCCGGGUGGCGGAUAAGGGGCCAAUCGCGGACCAAAAGCGACCUUGUGCUUGCCUAGAGACGCAGGUGGAUUCAGGGGAUGGACUCUCUGUUUCUGCUGAGCCAGGACUGACUCAUGACAUCCUUGUAUCCCGCACGUCAGUCCGGCCAAAAGCCUGCAAUCAAGUGACUGGGAGGUGCAAGGGAGGCGGUUUGGAGUCGCUUCCAGCAAAUAAGCUCCACAUGUCCACUCCGGGAGAACAGAAGUUCUCCCAGAAACUCAUGGGACUAGAGGCUUGCAACCUGCCCGCUACCGAAACGAAAAGGACUAGGAUGGCGAUCUGUACUUAUAACGCACGUACGCUUGCAUCGGAAGCGGCCAUCGAAGAUCUGAUGAUGCAAGCCAAGAGGAUCAAGUACGACGUCAUCGGACUGACCAAGACGAGACGACGUCACCCUCUCAACGCCGUAUAUGAGACUGGAGAAGAACUGUUCUUAGGAACAUGCGACAGUAAAGGUGUUGGUGGAGUUGACGUCGUCGUCAACACUAUAACGGCAAAAAACAUCGACUCUUUCGAACAACUUAUGACCCAAUCGGACGUCUGCGGAUGA